UACCAUAAGAUUAUGGGUGUUACAUGUCAGAGUUGACGAUUUUCAACACCCAAAGUGUAACCUUGAACAUCCGGGUACUUGACAACGUUUGCUUCUGGACAAAUCUCGCCGACGCCAUUUUCUUUUACUCGCUUGGAUCACGGAGAAGGAGGGCAUAUUCCCAGUGAUGAUUGUUAUACCAUGAUUAUCAAAGUACAGCAUAAUAAUCGGAAGAAGUAUAUAAAAUUGCAAGAUGGCAACUUUGAAGCAUUCCUUUCUGAAGUGAGAGAGAAGUUCUCCAUCCAUGCAGACAGCAUAACAGUGGAAGAUGACUCUGGCACUGAAGUGGAUGACUCUGUGUUUGCAGAACUGUCCAUGGUUGAUGGGAUUUGCUUUGUCAUCAAGGAAUAUUCUGAAGAUGACACAAGCACAUCACAGACACCACCAUCCACAUCAUGGUCUUCUUCCAGCAGGAGCAUGCUUUGUGUGUCUAGCGGCAGCAGUGAUUGUGAAAUGUCAAGACCUCAAAAGCAAAUCAGAAUGGAUGAAGAAGCUAUUGAAAGUUCUUCUGCUAAAGAGUUGGUAAAGCAGAUUCUGGUCACAAAACCUGGAGGGGCAGCUGUCCUCGAAGAAUAUGAAGAAACCGGGACACUGAGUGAUAGUAGGAGAAGGCAGAUGAUUAACAUGCUUGCAGCACACAUGGUUGAGGCUGAAGGGAGAAUCCCUCAGCGUCAAACCAAAGAGAAAUAUGCACUGGGGAUCAUUACCUUGUUUCCUGCAUUGAAGGAUCCACUUUCCAGAAAAGGAUAUGAACAUUACUAUGACAGCCAAAGUGGCUCUGGAUUUCUUGCAUGGCGGCUAAAGACAAUCCAGAGAAAGACAAAACUUGUGAAUAAGGAACCAAAAAUACAGACACCUGGAGGAGGUGGUCCAAGACAAGAGAGAGAACUGCCUCAGGCCAAUUCUCACUUGGAUCAGAAGUGUUGUAAAGCAGCCGUAUCCCUAAUGAACCACACUAACGACCACGAAAUCAUCUUGCAGAAGAUGAAGGAAACCUUUGAGUACAGACGCCAUCUUGUUCAAGAUCCAAAUGAAUCGCACAACAUACUUUCAGUGUUUCCAAGGUUUCUUGACACAAAAGGGCUGAUACUGCAAGAUUUUACACUGCUCUUUGGACCAGAGAAGUCGACUAAACUGCUGGAGAAGUGGCAUACAUCCUUCAAAGGAAAGGUGGUACGAGAAGCCGAGGGCCUGACAGCCACCCCAUUACUCAACAGUUUGCUCAGGUCUGCCAGGAACCAGGAUGUAGAGGAGUCAUUGGACUACCAACCAGAGUGGGACAGUGACAUGGCAUCAUUUCUGCUCCUGCUGCAUAUUCUGCCAUCUCAGCCUGCAAAGAAAAAAAUGCUGAAGAUCAGUGCUGCUCAGGCUAUCGACCAUCUUGUUGUGUUUCACAAGUCAUGUAAGAGCAUUGAUGAGCACCUUGUGCGUCAGGAAAGACAGUGCCAGCCAUAUCUCCUUGCAUCUGGAAUCAACAAGCAGACAGUCAGCACAUACUACAUUGUGAUGGAUAAGAAGCUCAUCCCCUGCCAAGGGACCACAUCACUGGCAGCCACUGAUGAACUCUUUAAACUUCACUUUGUUUUCAGUGUAAGUUACGAUGAUGCUCUAACAAACAUCUACACUUUCCUGCAGACAACUGUCUAUGGUAUUGAUGUGGAUAGCACAAAGGAAAGUCCAAAAGUGAAGGAGUUAAGAGCAAAGUUCAUGAACAGGAGCUAAGAGAAAAGUUCAUAUCUGGUGAAACUAGCAG